AUGGAGCUGAGGGGACUGGAGGCCAAACAGGCUGAGCGCGAACAUCAAGAGGAGGCGAGCAAACAGAAGAAAGUUGCAGAGGAGCAGGAAAAAUGUGAUUGGCGAGCAGAACAGGAGUGGUCCCAAGUUGCAUUUACAGGCACAAUCAAGACCAAAAAAUUGGACGAGCUACAUGACAUAGCUGCGGCCUUGCGAUUACCAGAGACUGGACUCAAGGCAGAGCUGCUCCAGCGAGUUGUGCAGCUCUUUAAUGAUCAACCUGAACUCAAGAAAAACCAGCAUACCACAAGACAUGAUUCGUCAAAAUUCAACACACGAACCAUUUGGUGGCUAUCAACCACAGCCUAUCCCUCCGAGUCAACCCUCGAUGUUGCGCAUGGAUCUUCCCCCACCCGGCUAUGCACCCCCAUAUUAUCCCAUGCACCAUUCCACACCUCAGCUUCAGCCUCCACCUAUUCCUCACUUUGUGCCGGCUGGUAG